GAUUCGAAAUAGAUUUUGGGCUGAGUGUUGACUGUUUUCAGCAACAGAUAAUAAACCGUUUAAUAAUAAGCACGGUCACUGAAAGAGAAAGUUAUCGUUCGGGAGACACAAGACAACAACAAAAUCUCAAUUACACAUAUCCUCCACAUCGUUGGGUAGAAUUUUCACAUUUGGCUAUAAUUAAAUGCCUCUGUCGUUCGCACCCAUACCACAGCUUUGCAAAAGCCGGUUACCAUGACAACGGGGCAAAUUUACCGCACCGUAUUUUGCCUUCCUUUCGCUUGGGUUUAAUUUUCAGGUUUUUGCAACGGUGCCCCCGGUGGGAAAUUCGACUGUCCGUACAUGGUUUCCUCUCUCUCUCCGCACGGAGUUACAGCAACCAAACAGAAUGUUUCUGCAUGCAUGACCUAAAAACAGGAAGCGAGCGAAGCGAGUGAAACGAAGGCAGAUUACAACAAAAAAUAAAAUAAAGAAAACCCCCCCGUGCGUGUAAGGGAAAGAACUAUCCACUAUGGGAUUGGAUGGGUCCCUCAGGAAAUCGACGAUCGAUCACGGUCAGGUUGGUGAAGCGUCUGUAAUACGAGUCGAAAUCAUAAGUGGGCUCUUGCGAUGGCAAAAUGUAGACGAAGGAUAGUUUUAUUGAAUAUCUGUUAAAGGGGGUUUUGGAAGUGAACGAUCAGGUGGAUGGUGGUUGUCUUGCCACAAACGACCAAGAGCUGAGCAGAGGCAAAACAACAUAAUUCACAGCGUGUCUCGUUUUGUUUUCGUUUGCAGUGUGUUGACAUAGCUGUAGCAUGGUGACAAACAAGAAUGUGCAGCGCGAGCUCCACAACAAUAGCGUGAACUGUUCCGUUCCGGCGACAUAGUGAAGGAGAAAUAAAACAGCAGUGACAACAGCGAAAAAAAAACGCCUCUCCACAGCAUGUACAACAGCAACAGCAUAGUGAAAUCAUCUACAUACGACCACAAACCAUUGGCAGCUUUAGCGUGCCAGUGAUUUGCAACAUAACGGAUCUCUCCAAAGCUCCCGCCGUUCCAUCAGUGGCUCCGCCGUGAUGGCGACCCUACCCUACGGUGUUGCGAUUUGAAAGCUUCUCCUGGGCGACGACUGGAGAGAACGAACGUGAACGUGGUGCUGCGUAGGAGAAUCGAGUGGAAUGUGUAUUUCGAAGAAUGCAGUAAGAGAAACGCAACGCGAUCAUGUUUCACGGUGUGCGAGUGGGGGUUAUGUUGUUGGAGGUCCAGCAUUAGACUCCAGCUCAAGGGCUGGUUGUGCACACGGGCUCAGAAAGUGACAGUGUUUGGUUAGGUGUUUUGGUAUACGGUGGACGCGUGCGCUAGUGGAAUUAUUGUGAACGUUUAACUACCAGGGCUAAGGUGAAAGCGGCAACUUGACGAACCCUGGCGUCGGUAGCACCAUGGAGGCGGACGUACUGAAUGCGCUCAACACGCAGACGGCGUACAUGCCGGGCGGACGGGAUCGUGAUGGACAUCCUCUAGUAGUCAUACCGGUACCGUUCUACGACAACCUGCCCUGGAUGAAAGGAUUCCUGGAGACGACGGUCAAGUAUCUGCUGACCAGCUUAAGUCCCGAUACGGUCAGUAGUGGAUUGGCGAUUAUUCUUGACGCUCAAAAAUGUUCGUGGCGCUCAACCCGUCAGUACAUACGGCACGUCCAGCAGCUGCUGAGUGAACAGAUGAACAGUUUUCUCGUCAUACGUCCGGACGCCUUCUGGGACAAAAAUCGGGUGGAAAAUUGUGCCCGGCAGCAUCGCAAGGGUGAGCCAACCAUCAUCUCAAAGUCCCGUUUGGUGAAAUAUUUUGACACGAGUGAACUACCGGAGGAACUUGGCGGCAUCAUCGCGUACAAUCAUGAACAGUGGAUACAGUCUCGUGAGCGUAUCGAAGAAUUUCGAAAAUCCUACGACAAAGCCAUGGGCGACCUAGAAAACCUGCACCUCAUCCUGCUAGACAACCGUACUGUACGAGCGAGCGAAUCGACGGCGGCCCUCAAAUCUUGCCAGCAGCUUAACGUGGAUGUGCAAAAAUUUCUCUCCCUCGUGAUGGACGGCGGUAAAAAGCUGCUGGCCCACUUAAGCGAUCUCCACAGUGCAAAGUCAGCCGUACCGCAGGACCUCACCGAUGGAAAGACGCAGGUCGAGCGGUUGCUCAAUACACUUGAUCGCAAACAAACGUCCACGAACCAGGCGUGGACGGAGCUGGAACGGACGGUGGAAGUGUUGCAGGAGUUAGCCACACUGGAGGAAGGUGUCUCACACGUGACUAGCUGGAUUCUGACUACGGCUGAAUCGAUGCUGAACGCCCAGUUAAGGGUUGGUCACGACGUAAGCACGGCCGAUCAACUCCGUCUGGAGCAUGAGAUCUUGGAGUUACAGUGUUGGCAGACGUAUGGCUGUUAUGCUGAGUUGCUGCACAAGAUCGACCACUUUCCGCGUCGCAAGGAUACACCAGCCUACCGGGACCUACAAUCGCAGCGUGAGUGGAUGGAUUUUGUGUGUCGUAGUUUCGCCCAGCGAUUGGAACGGCGCAGAAAUAUUCUGAUAACGUCGGUGCGGUUCUUUCGCCUAGUGGCUGAGUACUUCGAUCGGACGAGUGAAGUUUUUCAAUCGCUCAUUAUGGGCGAGCGUGUCGAGGACUACGCACUGGCUAGUACCAAUCUGCAGAAACUUAACGAAAAUCAACGAAUGCUGGAAAUGUUGGAGAAAGAGAUCAUCAAGGAGGGUGAAAAGCUUAGCGAUGUACUGCUGAUGCCGGUGAAGGAUGCAGUCGGACGAGACAUUGAUGUGGACUACAGUGAGGAUAUCAGCAAUGUGCGUGAUAUCCUCGAUGCGACCCGUUCCCGUUCGCGCAUUUUCGCCGACAGUGUCGAGCUGCAGAAGCUUACGCUCGACCAAAUCACGCACAUCUUCAAGUACGAACAGGACGCGCGUACCGCCGUCAAGUGGAUGAGUGAUCUGCAUCAGGUGAUGUUGCGAUCGCACGCACACGUCGGUGCUACUGUGCGCGAAAUCCAAGCUCAAAAAGAUGAGCAUCAAACACUCCAGGAGACGGCCAAGGGCACGUACAACUACGGCUGUCAGCUACUGAACGCGUCACUUGCACUCCGCCAAUCGUGCAAGCUCGAAACGUCACAAAACAUCGCCAUGACCAAAUCGCUGCAGCGCACCUGGCGAUCGUUCCAGGCCGUCGCCCAGGAACAGAUGACGCGGCUGCGUGUAUCGGCCGUCUUUCACCGGAGCGUCGAGGAGCAGUGCGUGAAGUUGCGUGAACUGCACGAGUGUGUACUGCGAAUUGGUGAAAUUACCGAGCAGGGCAGGCGCCGGGUACGGCUGCGCAAGUAUCUCGCUACACGCGAGCGUCUGCUGCUCGAGGUCGGUCGGAUGGUGCGGCUCGGACGUCUGCUCAAGACGCGCCUGAGGGAACCAUUUCUCCUGGACGACCGGCUCGAUGCGAUGGCCAGUCCGGAGAACGUCAUUACCGAAAGUGAUAACAUAAUGGCGUGUGAAGCGAUCUCGAGUCGUUUGGCGGAGGUAGCCCAGGUGGCGGAAGCACUGGACAGUGUGCUAAGCGAUGUGCAGGGUGGUUUUGACGACGAGGUAGAAGAACUGACAAGUGCCGAAACGCCGGAAGUGACCAGCAAACGAAACGACAGUGGAAAUCAAAGUGAUGAUUGGAGCUCGAGUGUGAAGUCCACCGAUGAUGGAUCAUUUGUGACGGCCUCGGAUUGUAUCUGUACGCCACAGUCAAGGUCCUCAUCCUACCAUACCGCUUCGGAGUGUCGUGCAUCACCGUGGUGGGGUGUGGAGUCGAUCGAGCGUCAAAGCUCGCUGGAAAACGAUUCAGCCGAAGAUCCUGACCCGGAAGCAUACCCGUCGAUCAAGCUGCUGUCGGGUGUGGUGAUUACUUCGAGUGCGAAUCUGUCGUUCGAUGAGUCGGAACACAGUUUCCCAACAGCGGGUAUCUCACACGGUUCGGCCAGUGUUGAUUCACAUCCCGACUCGGACGAUACGGUACCGACGGUGUGUUCCCAGACUAGUCCGAUUGUAACGAGCUCCUCGGCCUCAAGUUCCGCACUAAACUCGAUCAACCGACGGGAGAAUCUCGCUCUUUCCCUUACACCGGAGGAACUGGAGCAGAUUGAAAAUGAUAUCCGUAACAACAAUCUGUUGGCAUCGGUUAGUGCCGUUGAUAUAGUUGGGAAGGAACUCCAGAGCACCCAGGUGACACCGACCAGCGAGGAUAGCGGUAACGUGAGUACCAGUAGCGUUAAGCUGGAUGUAGAGGAUGCCACCCGUUUCGAGCCGGUAAAGGGUCCGGCGGACAUCUCCGGGCUAACGUACUACUAUCAGAACAUCAUCACCAAGCAUACGGUGAAGAGUUGUCUCUGAAGAAGGAAAUCUGAUGGUCAAUGUUCGAUGUUUAAAAAAGCCAUUCCAUAGCUUGCCGGUAUUGCAGCAGCUGUAGCUUGCCAGAGAGAACCAAGAAUUAGUUAGUUUGAUAGGUUUUAUUGAACGAAUUUGUGCGCAAAGGUGUUAUGAAGCUAAAAGAAUCAAACGUUUCCUGCGGCGUAAAGGAAAUAAGCUUGCAUGAUGGCGUGUGGCAUUCGAGUGUUUAAUUAAAAUAAGCUAGAAUAGCAUUUGUAACAGUUUGCAAGUUUUGGUUGUGUUAAGCAUGUUGAUUUGUUGUGUUUUUGGCCGUGAAAUAAACAAAUGUUUCUCGUAUGAAA